AUGAGUGGCAGAAAACACUGCGUUAUACUUGGCGCAGGAUUUACGGGCCUAUCAUGUGCGCAUUUCAUCAAGAAGCUACGGCCGAAUACCCGAGUGACAAUGAUUGAUUCCGCUAAACGAGUCGGAGGAUGGCUGAAAUCAUUUCGAAGUCCUACAGGUGCAUUGCACGAAGUGGGACCCAGAUCCAUUCGCAACACGUAUAAUGCAAGGCUAAUUUUGAACAUGAUAUCAGAGUUGGGCCUUGAAGAUGAUCUAAUUAUACCUUCGUCUGCAGCUUACGACCGAUAUUUGUACGUUAAUGAUAAGUUGCAGAAAAUCGAAAUGAAGCUUUGGAAGAAGGGACCCUUUGAACACACAAUGGCAUAUUACGGCUUGAAACAUCUAUAUAAUAAUGUGAUGAGAGAAUUGGAAAAAGACCCUGAUUAUGACGAAACCAUAUACGAGUUUGCUGUGAAGCAGUUUGGAACCGAAAUAGCUGAACUUGCUUUCAGCGCAGUUGUUCGUGGAGUUUAUUCGGGCGACAUUAAAGAGUUAAGUGUUAGGUCAUGCUUUCCUGAUUUUGUAAAAGCGCUGAGUCACAACUCGUCCUUCGUUGUUGGUAUGAUGACGCUACAGAAAAAAAUGACUAAACAUCCGGAAUUUGAAAUUAUAAGUGCCAUAGGAGAUCAGUUGAAACAAAAGAAAGCCAAAAUGUUUGCGCUUAAAUCAGGAAAUGAAACACUUCCUAAAACUUUGGCAACCGAUUUGAUGAACAAAGAUCUGUUUGAAAUUAAACUUGAAACAAAAUGCGUUAAAAUUGAACAUUUCGAACAGAUGUCGCCGAAGUUCAAAUUGAUUUUGGACAAUCAUGACGAAAUUAUUUGUGAUGAUGUAGUAAGUUCAAUUCCUGCAACUGAACUUUCGACUCUUCUUGAAAAAUCUGCAGAAGAAGUCACAGAGGAAAGAACUGUGAUGAGUUAUAUAAAAGGUUUAAAAUAUGCUAAUGUAGCUGUAGUCAAUCUAGAAUAUCCAUCAAAAUAUGUACAACACGUCCCGAAAGCAUUCGGUUACUUAGUUCCUGCUGUUCAAGAAUCGAACGUCAUGGGAGUAACAUUUGACUCCUUUUCGUUUCCUGAAGUUCCAAAUGGAAGCUCGGAUAUCUCACGAUUUUCAGCUAUGAUAAACAAAUGCAAUCAAGGAUCUUCAGACGAACAUUAUUUAAAUGCGGCCGUUGAAGAUUGCAAACGGCAUUUGCAAAUUGAAGUAGACCCGACUUUUGCUGCAGUCAAUGUGAAUUGGAGAUGCAUUCCUCAAUAUGCCGUCGGACAUUCGAAACAGAUCGACAAACUUAGAAGUUUGUUUCCCGAGAUUAAUUUCUUGGGGCCCAUAUUCCAUCCACCAGGCUUAGUUGACUGCGCAUUGAAUGCACACAGAACAGCAAUUAAUGUGUGCCGAGAUUACAAGGUCACUCAAUAAAUACUAUAAGUUACGAUUAUACUUAAAACAGGACUGCUCGUAAAUAAGGGCACAGCCCUAAAUGCUCCGACUGCCUCUUAACUGGUCUCGAAGUAACUAUAAAAUUUGGACCGCGAAAUAUCAAAUAUUAAGUGCGUAAAUUUGUAUGUAGCAUUAAAAUGGCAAUUUAUUUUCUCUAUUCAA